UCAUCCUUCAAAACACAUACAAGUGCAUGAAAUAUCCUUCUUUGAUUAUAUAUAGUUUAACAUCAAAUCCUGUGUAACUAAUGGAAUUGGGAAGUAUACUGCAGUUUCUUGAGAACAAGACCAUUUUGGUCACAGGAGCCACUGGUUAUCUAGCAAAGAUUUUUGUGGAGAAAAUAUUGAGGGUCCAACCAAAUGUGAAGAGAUUUUAUCUCCUUCUAAGAGCUGCAGAUGCUAAGUCUGCUACUGAACGUCUCCGUGAUGAGGUCAUUGGGAAGGACUUGUUUAGGGUUCUAAGGGAGAAACAUGGUGCAGGUCUGCAUUCCUUUAUAUCAGAAAAGGUAACUCCCGUCCCUGGUGACAUCUCCUACGAAGACUUGGGAGUGAAAGACUCUUCUUUGAAGGAUGAAAUGUGGAGAGAAAUUGAUGUUGUGCUUAAUUUUGCUGCCACCACCAACUUUGAUGAAAGAUACGAUGUUGCACUAGGCAUCAAUACACUGGGAGCCUUGCAUGUUUUAAACUUUGCAAAGAAAUGUGUUAAAAUAAAGAUGCUUGUCCAUGUAUCCACCGCUUAUGUGUGCGGCGAAGAUGCUGGGCUUAUACUCGAGCAACCAUAUCAUAUGGGUAUGGCCAAAAGGGGGGACGAGAAAAUUGAUAUCAACUUUGAAAAGAAAAUGGUGCAAGAAAAAAUAAAUGAACUCAAAUUAGAAGAUGUUCCCGAGAAAGAAAUUACUUCAGCUAUGAAGGAUUUCGGCAUUGAGCGGGCAAGGCUUUUCGGAUGGCCAAACACUUACGUAUUUACCAAGGCAAUGGGAGAAAUGCUGCUAGUGAAUUUCAAAGAUAGUUUGCCAUUACUAAUUAUACGCCCCACCAUGGUAGCUAGUACUUACAAAGAGCCAUUUCCUGGUUGGAUUGAAGGUGUCAGAACUAUUGACAGCGUAAUUGUGGGCUACGGUAAAGGCAGAGUUACAUGCUUUAUUUCCGGACCACGAUCAACUCUUGACGUGAUACCAGCUGACAUGGUUGUCAAUGCCAUUAUAGUUGCCAUGGUAGCACGCGCCAAGCAGCAUUCGGAGAUCAUUUAUCAUUUGGGUUCUUCGUUCAGAAAUCCUGUAAAUAUCUCAAAUCUUCAUGAUUUUAUUUUUCGCUAUUUCAGCGAACAUCCAUGGAUUAAUAAGGAGGGGGAGUCAGUAAAAAUUGGCAAAGGAAUUGUUUUGAGCAGCAUGUCCAAGUUCUACACGUACAUGGCCAUUCGUUUUCUCCUGCCGUUGAAGGCAUUGCAAUUGUUCAACAUAUUGUUGUUUAAAAAAUAUCAAGACGUGUACACCGUUCUUGAUAGAAAAGUAAAAUUGGUGAUGCGGUUGGCAGACCUUUAUAAACCUUAUGUGUUCUUCGAGGGCAUAUUUGAUGAUCUAAAUUCUGAAAAGUUGCGGAUAAUAUCCAAGGAGACCUGUCAGGAAACAGAUAUCUUCGACUUUGAUCCUAUGAACAUUGAUUGGGAAGAUUACAUGAUAAAUGUUCACAUUCCUGGUCUUGUUAAAUAUGUGAUGUAAUAGUUAUUUUAAGAUUAUAUAUCUUUUUUAUUAUAUUU